UUCGUUACGACAAUACUCAAAGGAGUUGCGGGUUCUACCAGUCUCGAGCCCGGGAGCUGGGGCCUGGACGGCCGAGUAAGGCGAGUCGCUAAGACGAGAGCCAUACGCUGAGUCUUCGGGGGACUUUUGGCAGCAUAAAUGUCGCUAUAUUAAAUCUUAACUUGCUCUCUGUUCGAAAAUUGGGGAUAUUAGUCCCUACCUCAGGAGAAUAGUACUGUGGGAGAAUAUGUAUAUCAGUCUUGCUUUGCCUUAAGAGUCUGACGACUGAAAAGGGGCAGAGCGGGGUGAGACUUACCCAUCCUUCACCAAAUGCCAAAUCGCAAGGGAAAUUCGGAGGAAACCUUUCCAGACGACAAAUAUCGCCGACUUUGUGAUCGUGAUAGAUCUUGGCCUUGGAAGGUGAAACAAUUGGAGGUUGGCGGAGGUUGGAGAUUGACUCGGCGUUCUCACGGCAACAGGACUGUUUCUGAGAUCCCUGUCAGUAUUCUGGCUAACCUAAGAUCAGAAAUAUACCGAUGCAUACUUUUUCUGAAUAGUACUGUAGGAUGAACAUAUCAGUACUACAUUCUUUAGAUGUGGCAAGGGCCGGGAAUACUGUAGCUUACCCAUCCUUCGCCGAUUUCCUCUUUGCAGGGGAAGUCUGGUGGGAACCGUCCUGGGACAGACGAGGACGUGUCGUCGCUGAUGGAGAUCUCGACGUUGGCACUUAGGGGUGCGGCGAGGCCUGGACCCAGGAGCCCCAGAGACGCCAGGAUGGCGAUGUGGGUAUGCAUGAUUUCUGAUGUGCUAUCCAACACUUUUUGAAAUGUAUCGAAGUAUCUUGAGAUGUGUGGUUAUGGUUAAAGGAAGUGGGAGAACAGGGGAGAGCUGCACUUACAUAUAUGAUAUAGCUGAGUCCACGAGGGCAAACGCAACAUCUGUAUCUACGUCACUGACUCUCUCAUCCUGUUCCCCGACUAGGUAACACGUCGGAACACUCGAGUGAUUAUCAUCGAGCCAUCGAGACUCACCUGGUGUUGAACAAACCACCUCGACUAUGGACUCCGGAUCGGACAAGCACAACAUCUUCUCAACAGUUCCAUGUCGCCUAACUCUUUGUCGUGGAGAGUCCACUACAUCGCCGAGAUGUAUCAUGAUCGGGAACUGAGGAAUACCAAGGCAUUACGGACGUUCUCUACCAGUGAUCACAGUGUUACUUCUAUAUCUGCAUACAUAUCCCCUCAAUAGCCGAAAACACACUUUUUCGAAGGGGAAAGCGCUGAAGCAGGUCACUAGGUAAACCUGCCCUAUCACGUGUGUGCAUCAGACUUUCCUCGCUUAACUACACCGUAGUCUUUCAGGCUAUCCGCACCCUGUAAACUGUGUGUUCUGUUUGGCAGUUGACGGGAUACAGGACGGAAAGCCUCGUACACCAUCUGGCACCCGAGCCUCGCUUGCACCCCAAUGUUACAGCUACUGUACUACAGGUACGUUACAUAUUUAACACUACAUACUGUGGGGAUCACCGUCUCGGGUCUGCGAUGCACAAGCGUACCACGGACUGGCAAUGUUUUGGAAAAGAGCCGAGGCUUGAUUGGUCGGGGUGUGAGUUGGCUGAGUUACCAAAUGUAGAUCUUCAAUAUUCAUCAUCCGAUGUCCUACUCGCUGCUGGAAAUUACAAGGGAAUAUUCAGGUACUGCUUGAGCUUGCCUCGCCUCCUAAGCGGAGACUUGGGUGCUCAAAGCAGCUCGAGACGAGCUUGUUUCAAAGGUCAAGGAGGAAUCGAACCCGUGCGAAUUCCCGCUGGUCUCGUUCAAGUUGAACCGACGGUCGACUUGUGUGAUGAUUAAAUCAGACUCACAGAUUCUCUAUGCAGACGAUCGUUUCCAGAAUGAGUUCGGAGAGCGGGAACAUACUUCAAGUGGAGGUAAUGUACCCAUUGGCUAUCGAUUGUGACAUUGCGAUACACAAUCUCCAUGUCCCUGUAGAGCCCAGCUAGGAAGUCGGUAACUGAAUGCUUUGGAAACGACAACAAAUUCUCUCUGUCAAUAGGAGCAGAUAUGUCUUGAACGGUAUUGCUAAGUUUGAUAGAAUUGAGAACAAAGCUUUCAUUGCCAUUUUUGGCGAGGUCUCUUCUUACCUGAAGUUGGCGCCAUGCUUGAGAUGACAGUUUCUACAUCUUUUAAUAUGAACGGAGCACGCAAGAAUAAGAAGCGUCAAGAUGAACAAUCUCAACCCACGAACACUUCUGUACACCGAGCUCGAGCCAGAGCGGAGACAACCAAACGCCUUCUUGCGCAGCUAGUCAACGAGCAACUGGUCACGCUGAAGGUACUCCAUGAUGUGCAUGCACACUCAGGCACCCUCCAAGCACGAAUGGCUGGCAAGGACAGUACGAAUCAGUGGAUAAUAUGCCCAGUGGCGGACAGUAUUAUCCUUAGCGAUCAUGUUCGGCCAGAUGAUUUUGGGGUUCCUGUUACUCUAUGCAGCAAUGCAGACGAGAUUCUGGAAAAUGAUCCGGGUGCUGUUUUCGAGUUUAGCAGUGCUUGGUUUGAUUGUGCAGAUAAGACGAGAAAUUCCAUCGUUGAAGAGUUACGCAACUCAGCUCUCAUGCUAGAAAAGUGGAUGGAACUCGGAGCCGAUAUGCCCAUUCUUGACUUGAACUCCUCGUUCCUGGGAUGGGAGAGAGCCGUGGUAACUGGACAUCCAACUCAUCCAUUUCACCGUACUUGCUUUGCCAGUAACCUGCUUGAUCCAGUCACACCGCAAGACCUCGAACGGAUGCUCAACCCAAGCAUAUCAUUUAUCUCCACCCCACGGUCCUCAAUCUGUAUAUUUGGGCCAUUUGAAGAACUAAUCGAUGCUUUGGCAAAGCAUCUCGCAGUUUCGGUCCCCAACAACGAAGCGAUGGCCAUUGUCCCCUGUCUCACGCAGCAUCUCCCCGCACUCACACACUUCUUCCCAGAAGCCACAUUAAUCAAGACGGUCCCGAAUUGCGGAGUAGCUCAAGCAGCUAUCCGAACAGUUUCUAUCCUCGGCGUUGCAUACGACAUCAAGUUCUCUUUGGCAUGUCUCAUCACGUCCGCCUUGCGGGUUCUGCCAAGCUGGUCUGCGGCUUCAGCACCAAGAAUGACUUCACUGUUGAAGACUCUGGUGCCGCCAGACUUAUGGCUAUGUGGCGAAGUUGCUGCUGUGACCGGGAGUCAAGAAGAUACUAGCGAGGCACGAUACUUGACAUGCAUUCUGCGCGAGAACUUGGAGGAAAAGGCGCGGGAGAAUGGGGAAGCGUUGAUUGUAGUGUCGGCGCUGAUAGAAAAGCCGAUGCAGAGUGACAAGACAUAUGCUGAAAUAUUGUUCGACUUGGAGACCAUUUCGGACAAGAUUCAGUGGUUUAAGAUGUAUAUUGAGUGUCUUUUACCUCUCGCUCUUGAUCCACUUCUACGACAUGGAGUGGGGUUUGAAUUCCACGCUCAGAAUGCCGUCGUACGAGUAUGCAAGAAGACAAAAACCAUCAAAAGCUUCGCAAUCCGCGAUCUAGCAGGUAUCAAGAUGCACCGCCCGACUUUCGUUAAGCAAGGUUUUGACUUGACCGACAUGGAUGCCUCGGCCACGGAUGAUGUGCAUGAAGUAUGGGAUCGAGUACACCAUGCACUUCUUCAAAAUCACAUUGGGUAUCUGAUGUACGCAUUGGGACUGGAAAAGACUCAUGAUGGGUGGGGUGUUGUCCGGUCGUUCCUUUUUGAUGUUCUCACUGCAGAUGGCAGUUUGGUUGGGAGAGAGAUGUACGAGUAUUUUUUGAAAGAGACAAUGGCUUUCAAAUGCUUCCUAACCAUGAGGAUGGAGGCAACACUCAAAACUUCCUUUAAAAUCGUGGAUAUUCAGAUACCCAAUGUCUGCAAGACGGAAAGUCCAUGGCUGCGUCAGAUAUCCGUUGCUGGGAUGCAAAGCGGGGGCAGGUUAUCGUCUCCUGAACAAGUCACUCAAGAAGUAAGGGACAGAGAACGAGCUUUGGUUUUGACAAACCGUUCCGAAAUUGUGCCUUCGCCCGGACAACUCACUGACGCUGUACGGCGACGAAACCCUCACCCAGCUCUCCUUCCAAAGCUAUUUAUCGAACGACUUGAGCUUUUCCACGAGGCAUUGGCACUCGCCCUGGACAGUAUCAUCGAGAGGUGGUGGAAAGACUCAGAUGCCAACUUUCCUGCUCGGAUGCCGCUCGACCCUCAAACGGAAGAUCUUCUCAGGUGGGUCGAUAAAGGCACCAUUGAGGGAUACGGCCGACCAUAUAAAGGCCAUCAAGGAAAUUUGAGGCCUGAUUUUCUCAUUCCUGCAGAGAAAAGUUGUCACGAUAUUCCUCGAUUUCGCAUUUGCGAGAUCAAUGCCAGAUUUCCAAUCAGCUUCCUACAUUACGUAGCAAGCUCGUAUGAGGCACUGGCAGGUCUAGGAUGGGACACACCAUUAAUUGCACCAGCUACAGAUCACAAGAAAUUGUACGACAGUCUGUUCGAGUUGUUCGACCCAAAGCUUCCUGUUCACUUUGUUCGGGAGACGUCGGAUUUUCCACUGGAUAGCCCACUAUUUGGCUUGAUGGAAGAACGAACAGGUAUAAGACCAAGAAGCGUGGUACCAGCCAGUCUUCGCCUGAUACCCAGCAGUACCAGCCCGACAGGGUUCGUUCUGUACUGUGUCUGGGGUGUUGAUUCCACAGUAGGGAAGCGACCUGCAAAUCUCAAAGUGGUUGAUGGAGAGCUGCUGGAGGAAGUGCAUCAAGUGGGACUUCAACUUUAUGAUUUUGAGCUCUUUUCGCUGGAUCCAGAAAUGGUGCGUCAAAUUGCCAUGCGCAGCGUCAAUGAUGUGCGAAGUAUCUUCAUUGCUCAUGACAAAAGAAUUCUGGGUAUCAUAAGGCAGGAUUUGUAUGAUCUUGUACAUAAACAUCAGGUUCUCACCUCCGCUCAAGCUCAGAUGCUAGAAGAACGACUGAUUCCGACAAUCUUACCUGGCUCUGCAGAAGUAAAGGCACUUCUGCAAGCGAGCUCCCAUUAUUCCGCAACAAAAGACACAUUCAUUCUCAAGCCAUUCCGCCGAGCUCGAGGAUCAGGUAUCGUGCUAGGGAAAGAUCUUUCGGAUUCUGAAUGGGACUCGAUUCUGAAAGGCAUGCAAGAAACAAGGAUUGAUAAAUUCUCGACACAGUACAUCCUACAACCGCUGUUACCUUUAAGAAAGGUUCAUUGGUUCUGGAAUGAGGAGAGAAAAGUCCAAAAGAGUCGAAUGGUAGGUACCUACUUUUCGAUCAAUGGGCAAUUCAAAGGAUUCGGCGCAUGGAGGACCGCGUUGGCAUCUGAAGAUGUCAUUUCUGCAGCGACCACAGAUAUCACUACGGUUUUUGCAGCUAUUUAUUUGGGAGAUGAGUAG